AUGGCUCCGAUCGCCUCCUUUGCCGCAGCGGUGCUUCUACUCCUCGCACUGGCGUCACCGGCGGCAACCUUCAACAUCACCAGAAUCCUUGGCGAGUUUCCCGACUUCUCCACGUUCAACGGCCUCCUCAGUCAGACGAAGCUCGCGGACGAGAUCAACCGCCGGCAGACUAUUACGGUGCUGGCAGUCAACAAUGGAGGGAUGGGCGCCAUCACCUCGCUCCCCUCGGACAUCCAGCGGAAGGUGCUCGCCGUGCACGUGGUCCUGGACUACUACGACGCGGAGAAGCUGGGCAGCAUGAAGAACCGCUCGGCCGUGCUCACGACGCUCUUCCAGUCUACCGGCCAGGCCACCAACCGGAUGGGCUUUAUCAACUACACCAGGCGCGCCGCCGACGGCGUCAUGAUGUUCGGCUCCGCCGAGCCCGGCGCCCCAUUGACGUCCCAGAUGGUGAAGCCCGUCAUGUCCCGCCCCUACAACAUCUCCGUGCUGGAGGUCAGCUCUGCCAUCGUGCCUCCCAGCAUCGGCUCCGUCGACAACAGCAGAGCUCGCGCUCCGGCGCCUGCCCUUACUAAGAUUCCUGCGCCAGCACCGGCGCCGUCCAAGAGCAAGAAGCCAAAGACGGAGGGAGCCCCCACCCCUGCUCCUGCCCCGUCCGACGACGAUUCUAGCGCUAACGCACCUGCCGACGCGGAUGGGCCCGACGCGGACGGCCCGGCGACGGAUGGGCCCGAUGCGGACGGCCCGGCGGCGGAUGCGCCGGCAGAUGAUGAUGAUGACAAGAGCAGCGACGACACCGGGGACGCUGCGGGCAGGGUGGUUGCCCGUGCAAGUCUCGGUAUCGUGGCGCUUCUGGUGAUUCUUGUUUCGCUCUGA